GAUGAAUACAGCUGUGCAGAGAGUCAGAGGGAGAUGCACAAACAGUGAAACAACCAACAGCAGCCCACACACACAUACGCACACACACAAAAGCAACUGUGAUUUCAUUGGUAGAUGGAAGAAACUCUGGGAUUUAAUCACAAAUAAAGGAGAAGGGGAACAAUCUCAGCCACUGGCAAGGUUUGGGACAGAGAAAAACAGAAGAGAGGAGGAAGAAACAAAGGAAAGAGCUGAGACAGAAGAGGAGUGACCUGAGGCAGAAAAAGAAGAGCCAGAAGACUGAAACAGAAUUGCUGACCUUUGCCCGCUGAUCCAGAAUGUCCAUCCAGCUGCUGCACAUGCUGCUGAUCCUCUGCCUGACCUUCACACAGGGUGCUUGUAUGUUCCCAAACCAUAACUGGGGUGAAUGGAACGACUCCCAGCUUCAGCCAACAAUUCAGAGGCUGAUGAAGGGAUACAAUCGCUACCUCAGACCUAAUUUCAAUGAGGGUCCUGUGGAAAUUGGAAUGAGCCUUGAUAUUGCCAGUAUCGACGCCAUCUCCGAAAUCAAUAUGGACUACACAGCAACCAUCUUCCUCCGUCAGCGCUGGCGUGACUCCAGGUUGGUGUUCCCGGGAAACGAGAGCGUCAGCGUAGAUGGGCGCCUGGUGUCACUGCUCUGGAUCCCUGACACCUUCAUCCCGGACUCCAAGCGUUCCUUCCUGCAUGACGUCACGGUGGAAAACCGCCUCAUACGCAUCUUCAGCAAUGGAACUGUUCUCUACGCCCUUCGCAUCACGGCUACGAUCGCCUGCAAUAUGGACCUGACUAAGUAUCCCAUGGACAGACAGGUGUGCACUCUGCAGCUGGAGAGCUGGGGCUACAACCUGCAGGAUGUGGUAUUCUACUGGACCAGAGGGAAUGAUUCAGUGAGGGGUCUUGACACGCUGCGGCUGGCUCAGUACAGUGUAGAGAGCUACUACACAACAGUGUCAGAGGCUGUAUACGAAACAGGACAGUAUCCAAAGCUGGUGCUACAUUUUGCGCUGCGUAGAAACGUGUUGUUCUUUAUCUUGGAGACGUAUGUUCCCUCUAUCCUGCUGGUGGUUCUCUCAUGGGUCUCAUUCUGGAUCAGCCAGUCCUCUGUGCCGGCUAGAACCUGCAUUGGCGUGACUACAGUUUUGACCAUGACCACUCUGAUGAUGGGUGCCCGCACUUCUUUGCCCAAUGCCAACUGCUUCAUUAAGGCCAUAGAUGUUUACCUGGGCAUCUGCUUCACCUUCAUCUUUGGUGCACUGCUGGAGUACGCCUGUGCCCACUUUUAUACCAUGCAACACCAGACCGUAGAGGAUUUACACAGAGAUCUUCUGAGGGAGCUCAAUGAAUCCAACGGAAAUGGCUCCAUCCCCAUCAUCAGCUCCACCCAACCAAACCAGUCUGUGGAGAUCGGCUCCACGGCAGAGGAGCCCAUGGAGCAGUCAGCGAACAGUGACACUAAGAACCACGCCGGAUCUAAAGAGAAGAUGCCGGGACAGGGGUGCGGCCUGUCUUCGGUGAAGGAUGCGUCGCGCAGGGCAGCAUCCGUCUUCAUUGUGGAAAAUCCACACAACAUAGAUCGUCACGCCCGAACCGUUUUCCCCACAGCAUUCCUCUUUGUCAAUAUCCUCUACUGGCUUUACUAUCUCUUUCUCUGAGCGCCGGUUCCAAGCCGCUGCAUAGUUAAUUUCACCAUCCUGAAGCUGCUCUACCUCCUCAUUUGAGACCCAAUACCAGUCGCCACUGCCUGGAUCGAAACUGUUUUUGUACCACACAUAGAAAACCUUUUUGAUGACAAGCAAUUGGUUAGGAUUAUAACCCAGUAAAUCUUAUUUGUAUCAUACUCCGCAUCAAAAGCUAUUACUAAUUAUGUAUGAAUGGAUGGCUACCAACAUAUUAACAUCUACUGACAAAUCCAUAGAACAAAUGAGGAUGAGUUAACUAACUGUAAACAAUAGGCUGCCUGAACUGCACCACACUAUACUGUGCUGCAUUGAAUUGCCUUCAUUAAAUGACUGAUGUUAGAUGUGUUUUUUCUUGUUUUGGCUUUCAUACAUUGUUUGUAUGAGACCAUAUACUUCACAGUAUAUCAUAUGAAAUUAAAAGUCAGUAACUGAGAAUGUGUUGGCGCAUUUUAAUGAGGAAGAAAUUCAGUAUCUGUGCUGUAACAAAUGACUGAAGAGCAAAUGUUUGGGAAACAAAAUACAAUUUUUUUUUCCCUUAUCCAGGCAGGACAACAGUAAAGUGCAAAAGCCAACCACAGGUUCAGCAGAGAAGGUGUUAAAAUGACACUUAGUGGAGAUUUUCUCACUCAGAAAAGAUGGUUCGUAUCACUUAAUAGCACCACUUUUGUUAGUCACUCUUUUCUAUGGCAGGAGUAUCCAACAGUGUGCCAGAAAGUCAAGUAGGAGUAGGGUUUUUUUCCGACGAAAUAAUUCAGCAGAUGAUUACUGAGUAGCACUUAAGCUAGUGAGUAUAGUCAAACAACAAUAACACACUCAACCUAUCAGUCCAUGGCACUCAGCUGAAUACCCAUACCAGGAA